CAUUGAUCAUACAGUUAUAUUGCUUAUGCAUAAUUUCAAAUUCUGAAUGCUUAUCAGAUGCCGCGCCCAGUAAGUAGUGUACAUUUAAUCCAUUCAUAAAAUGGGGAAUGUGACAUUUAUAUACAUACGGGGAUCAUACCGAUACAGUUAUGUCCGAAUCUGGUGAAUACCGCGUUGAUUACACUGAAGUCAAUGGUGAGAAUGGAAGUAUAAAAGCGCCAUCGAAAUACGUAGCAACAAUUUACACUCCCGGAUAUAAGGAAGCUGAUAGUCGAGAAUCUGGAAAAGAGAUGGAGGAAAAUGACAGUAAUGAUGCGGACUUUUAUGCCGAAAAACGCUAUCCUACCCACGUAGCUAAGGUAUAUCAAGAUGAUAGUGAAAAUGGACUUGUUAUAUCAAACCCAAUAUACGUUCUCAAUCAAUCGCAACAGACCGAUCCCUCUGAUCUAGAAGAUGCCCAUAUCUCUACAAAUGGGCCUACUGUAAAUGGAGUUAAAUCUAAGCCCAAACGAACCAGGCGCCGUUCAUCGUCCAGUGACAGAGUAGGACACACAACGUCAAAGAAGAGAAAGGAGCACUCAUCCAAAACUCGGUUGGUGAGGAAGAAGGCGCUUUACACGCACAGUCCAGCACAAUGGGUGUUGUUGAUAGCAAGCAUAAUUUCUUUUGCUGUUAUGGUCAUUGGAACCAUAUUUGCAUAUGGAUGGCGACCUUCGUUCGAUUUCUUAACAUCUGGGACAUACGAUGUAUUUGAGACGUACCCUCUGGACAUCAGCCCACCUGAGUGGGUGUUGAUCACGUGGCUUGUUUGCUAUGGCUGGCUCUUCAUAUGGCUGCUCUACGCAUUGGUGUCCCUUUGCCGAAAGGUAGAGAUGGGGUAUGCCUACAACUCACCCCCUUUUACGAGUCCCAUCACUUACUACACAUUUAGCUUGGGCUGUUUGCUCAUAUUUGGUGGAGUUAUACUUUGGGAUAUGCAUGCGAACUAUAUACAAUAUUCAAUCAUCUUUUUUGGCUGCUCGACUAUUCUGUUUUUUGUUGCAACGGCCCUUGCAUUCCAUCGCCUCUAUAUCUGUAUGCCAUUUUUGUUAGAGCAGAAACGAUCGGGAGAUGUGUGGGCAACACGGAUUCUGCAGCAUAAUGCGCUUGCAUUCAUCACAUGGCUUACGAUUAUAAUUCUGCUUUUAAAUAUUGGGCUUGUAUUGGUCGAAUUCGGCUCUGUUUCUCAAGAGAUAACCUGCACUGUUUUACUUAGCAUAUACCUUGUUCUUUUCUUUGCCUGGUUCGCUGUUGACGUGUUCCUUCUUGAUGCCUACAUGCGCUAUUGUAUCACUCCGCAUAUCGCUAGUAUCGCUGUCUUCGUCGGUAUAGUCAUCAAACAUUGGGACCUCACCAAACUAACUUCUCUCUAUGCAUUCGUAUUGCUGCUUCUCAUCGCAGUCUCCUUCUUUGUAAAGAUUGCUAUUAUCCUGUAUCACUCGAAUGACAAGGAAACAUACACCGUGAAUGAAAUUAGAGCAGAAGAGAGUCCUGCUAAUGCUAACGAAUACGAAGUCAGUCCUGGAGGGGAGAAAUCAGCGAGCAUCCAACCUGAUAGUAAAUACAUUUACGACAAUGUUUAAGCCAGUGCAUGUGGUACCUGAUGUAAAUACAUUAACGACAAUGUUUAAGCCAUCGACGUCUAAUAGAACAUACAUCUACAUGCGACAAUGAUGGCAAAUACAUUUACGACAAUAUUUAACCCAUUGCCGUCUGAUAGCAAAUACAUUUACGACAAUAUUUAUCCACUGCCGUCUGAUAACAAAUACAUCUACGACAGUAUUUAAGCCACCUGAUAGCAAAUACGUUUACGUCAAUAUCUGAGUCAGUAAUACCUGAUUGCAAAUAUAUUUAGGACAGUGUUUAAAAACAGUUGUAGCUAUUGUAAAUUCACGACAAUAUUUGAGCCAUUGGUACCUGAUGGCAAAACAAUAUUUAAGCCAGUGGUACCUGAUAGCAAAUAUAUAAGCAAAUGUCGUCUGAUAGCAAACAUUUGCGACAAUAUUUGAGUCAGCGGUACCCGAUGGGAAAUAUAUUAAGGACAAUGUUUAAGGCAGCGAUACCUGAUGACAAAAACAUAUACUUACGACAAUUAAUGACAAUGUUUGAGAAGGUGGCAGGCCCGUAGCCAGGGGGGGUUCGCAGGGUUCGGGCGAACCCCCCCCCCCUGGCCAAAAAUUCUUUCAAAAUCAUGCAGUUUUUCACCAUUUUGAGCACUUCUCUUGUGAUUUUAGCCAUAUUUGGGCCAAAAUUGUCAAAUGUGAACCCCCCCUUGAAAACUGACCCCCCCCCCUUGGCAAAUCCUGGCUACGGACCUGGGUGGUAUCUGGUAUCUACAAAUUAAAAUAGGCCUACAUUAGCAACAUUAUAGCAAGAUAAGGUGAUAUACUUUCAUAAUGCUCAAUACCAUAAACAAUAUUUUAUGAAACUAUAGCGUGUGUGUUAUUGGCAGUGUUCUGAGUAGAAAUGCUCAUUUUUCUCCUUAUUGCAGAAAGAAAAAUG